CUAUCCAUUUCUGUCUAGCCAUAUGCUUGCGAAGUAUAGCUUGCAAGCCAAGCUGUAACAUUCUUUAGAAUUGAAGUACAGCUUUGCUCCAUGAUGUUCAAAAUUAUCAUCAUUCUUCUUUUCCAUAUCUUUCUUUCUUUACACUUGGCGCCUUCAACUGCACAAACUUGGAUCAAAGCAGGUUACUGGUACUCCAGCAGCGGGUUCCCCAUUUCAGAUAUAAACUCAGCCCUCUUUACUCACCUUAUUUGCGCUUUUGCUGAACUUAACUCUUCGUCCUCCGAGCUCUCUAUCUCAUCUUCUGAUGAGCAAUACUUCUCCACCUUCACGAACACUGUUAAACAAAAGAACCCAUCAAUCACCACCCUCCUUUCUAUUGGGGGUGAAAGUGCAGACUAUGCAGUCCUUUCAUUGAUGGUCAGCAAGGCUCCCUAUAGAAAAACUUUCAUCGACUCUUCAAUGAUGAUAGCAAGGCUUUAUGGCUUCCAAGGCCUAGACUUUAAUUGGGCUUCAGCAAGCACAAGCUCUGACAUGAACAAUAUGGGGAUACUCUUUCAGGAGUGGCGAGCCGCAGUCAAUUCUGAGGCGAAAAACUCUAGCCGGACAGAAUUGAUCUUGACUGCUGCUGUUCAAUACUCACCGCAUGUGUCUUUCCCAGUGGACUCCAUAAGGGAUAACUUGAAUUGGGUUCAUGUCAUGGCUUUUGGCUACCAUAGGCCUCAACAGUCAAACUUUACAGGUGCUCUUGCAGCUUUAUAUGACCCAUCAAGCAAUGCUAGCAUGGAUUAUGGCAUUGGUGCAUGGAUUCGUAAGGGCUUGUCUGCUGGAAAGUUGGUCUUGGGCUUGCCUUUCUAUGGCUAUGCGUGGACGUUAAAGAAUCCCAACGACAAUGCUAUUGGUGCUCUGGCUACAGGUCCAGCCAUUACACCUGAAGGAGACAUGAGCUAUAAGGAUAUCGAGGCUUACAUUAAGAGAAAUGGGGCUGUAGUAAGAUACAAUGCUACAUAUGUAGUGAAAUUCUUCACAGUUGGAUCGGUCUGGAUCGGCUUUGAUGAUGUUGAGGUGGUCAAAAUUAAGGUUGCUUAUGCCAAGCUUAAGGAACUACUUGGUUACGUUGUGUGGCAAGUCCCUUAUGAUGACAAUUGGGAGCUUUCUCUAGCAGCACAAGGGGAAGGAAAUAAUGGACAGCCCAAGUGGCGAUUAUUAGCGAUCGUUUUGACUACAACUGCUACCUUUGUUCUCCUACUGACCCUUGUAAUCUGUUGCAUAAGGAGGAGAAUGCUCAAAUUAAAAGGAUCCAAAAUUAAUCAUAUGGCAACUCAAAGAGACUUUGAUGGUAAUGUUCCAAAUCUGCAAGUCUUUAUUUUAGCUGACAUUGAGGCAGCUACAGAGGGACUUUCAAUUAAAAAUAAACUUGGAGAGGGAGGUUAUGGUCCCGUUUACAAGGGUGUAUUACCAAAUGGACAAGAAAUAGCAGUGAAAAAGCUUUCAAAAACAUCUACGCAAGGGUUUGAGGAGUUUAAGAAUGAGGUUAUACUUACUGCGAAACUGCAACAUGUAAAUCUUGUUCGACUUUUGGGAUUUUGCAUUGAGAGGGAUGAACAAAUGCUGAUCUACGAGUACAUGUCAAACAAAAGCUUGAACUUCUACCUCUUUGACCCUACGAGACGGUAUCUACUGGAUUGGAGAAAACGCAUUGACAUCAUUGAAGGGGUUACUCAGGGGCUUCUAUAUCUCCAAGAAUACUCAAGAAUGACAAUUAUUCACCGAGACUUGAAAGCUAGCAACAUUUUAUUAGAUGGCGAGAUGAAACCCAAGAUAUCAGACUUUGGUAUGGCUAGAAUUUUCAGGAAAGAUGAUCAUGAGGCAAACACGGGUCGAAUUGUUGGAACAUACGGUUUUGUUCCUCUUGAGUAUCUUAGAAAAGGUGUGUACUCCACCAAAUCUGAUGUUUAUAGCUUUGGAGUUCUACUUCUACAAAUCAUUAGUGGCAAGAGGACUGCUUGUUAUUAUGGUUUGGAUGUGUUAAAGCAGAUAAAUCCUAAGUGA